GUGGGCCUAAUUUCAAAACCAAGAGCCAAGAUGGCGGAGAGAGGAUCGCUGAGGAGCAGGACUCGGCUCGAUUCGAAGAGAAGCCGGGAAAUGAAUCACGUUGACGGGCCAGAUGAAAACAAUGUGGAAGAUAUCCAGAUUAAUUCAGAUUGUGACGCUGAGGUGAUGGACAAGCCAUACCCUAUCCAGAUAGUCCUGGCUCAUGAGGAUGACCAUAACUUUGAGCUGGAUGAAAAGGCCCUGGAGCGUGUUUUGAUGCAGGAACACAUACGUGAUUUGAAUGUGGUGGUUGUGUCCGUAGCUGGUGCUUUUCGCAAAGGGAAAUCUUUUUUGCUCGAUUUUAUGCUCCGAUUCAUGUACAGUCAGAGCACAUCAAGUUGGAUUGGUGGAAAUUGUGAGCCAUUGACUGGGUUCACGUGGCGAGGAGGAUGCGAGCGGGAGACCACAGGCAUACAGAUCUGGAGUGAAGUCUUUAUUGUUGAAAAGUCUGACGGUUCCAAGGUUGCGGUUAUUCUCAUGGACACUCAGGGGGCCUUUGACAGCCAGUCAACAAUCAAAGAUUGUGCAACGGUAUUUGCCUUAAGCACAAUGACUAGCUCUGUCCAGGUAUAUAAUUUGUCACAGAAUAUUCAAGAAGAUGAUCUGCAGCAUUUACAGCUUUUUACAGAGUAUGGACGUCUGGCAAUGGAAGAAAUCUACAAAAAGCCCUUUCAGACCCUCAUGUUUUUGAUCAGAGAUUGGAGUUAUCCUUAUGAACAUCAGUAUGGCUUGGAAGGUGGAAAUCUCUUUCUAGAAAAGCGAUUACAGGUAAAACAGAACCAGCACGAAGAGCUGCAGAAUGUCAGAAAACACAUACACUCUUGUUUUACUAACAUCAGCUGUUUUCUUCUGCCUCAUCCUGGUCUUAAAGUUGCUACCAACCCCUAUUUUGAUGGUAAAUUAAUAGACAUAGAUGAUGAGUUCAAAAAGGAGCUUCAAAAUCUAGUUCCUUUAAUACUUUCACCUGAGUACUUGAUAGAAAAAGAAAUUGGUGGCAACAAGGUGACUUGUCGAGAUCUGUUGGAAUAUUUUAAGGCAUACAUUAAAAUCUAUCAAGGUGAGGAGCUCCCUCAUCCCAAGUCUAUGCUUCAGGCGACUGCAGAAGCGAAUAACCUGGCUGCUGUUGCUGGAGCCAAAGACACGUAUAGCAAAUGCAUGGAGCAGGUCUGUGGUGGAGACAAGCCAUAUAUCGCUCCUGCGGACCUAGAGAGGAAGCACUUGGACGCUAAGGACGUGUGCAUAAAACAGUUCCGCUCGGUGAAGAAGAUGGGAGGAGAGGAGUUCUGUCACCGGUACCAGGAACAGCUGGAGGUGGAAUUGGACGAAUCCUAUGCAAACUUCAUGAAACACAACGACGGCAAAAACAUCUUCUAUGCUGCUCGCACCCCUGCCACUUUGUUUGCUGUCAUGUUUGCCAUGUACAUUAUCUCAGGACUGACUGGUUUCAUUGGCCUGAACUCUAUAGCAAACAUUUGUAACCUGAUCAUGGGAUUAGCACUACUGUCCUUCUGCACCUGGGCUUAUGUGAAGUACUCGGGAGAGUUCCGGGAUCUGGGAACCUUAAUAGAUCAGAUUGCUGAAAUUAUAUGGGAGCAGAGGAGUCCCAAGAAGGUCUUUUCCAAACUCUACGAAGUGUGUAAACGCCGACUGCCUCGCUCAGCGUUCUCAUUUAAACAGAGACACAGAAGGUCAUCAAACAAUAACAAGAAGAAAAAUUAAAGCGUACAUUCACCUUUACUUUGCUUCUCUGAGACGUUUUGUUUCUACUCUGGGGACAGUUCUGAAAACUGGUGUAACGAGCUUAUUACAAGCUCCUGAGUUCUUACAGGGCUGAGUCUGGAAACCAGUGUGCCUCCAGCUGAUCAUUCCCAGCAUGCUUUGCCAGCUGGAGCGUCACCGGUUCCCUGCCCUUGACGUAUGGAAAUAUGCUAUGUGUACUAUUCAUUUAUUAUCCACAACCAAAUUCACAGGGUGAGAGGUGUUUUAGGAGCACAAGUUCGACCAUCUCCUCAUUUUGCGUUUCUUUUGUUUACAUUGCAUGUCUUUUAUGCCUUAUGGUUUAGUUUUCAUCUUUCUUCCCGCAUGUGUUUUUUCUUCUUUUGUACACCAGGUGUUGAAGCCACUGAGUGAUAAUUUGAUGGAAGAAAACAUAAGACAAACUGUGACAAACUCAAUCAAGGCAGGUCUUACAGAGCAAGUGGCU